AUGUGCUGCUGUUCUGUGAUGGUGAUGGAAGCCACACUGAAUGCAAUUACCCCGCUGUUUUUUAUCAUGUCUGUUCAGACGUUGAAAAAUCAUCUCCAGUAUUUGAUAACAGGGCUCCUGCAUCUGUAUGAAACUGGACUACCCCAUUUUUACAUCACAGAGUGUCUAUGUGCCCUUCUAGACAGUGUACUGAGCUACAGAAAAUGGAGUAAGAGGCUUCACUACAGUCUGGACAGCAUUCUCAGUGCUCUUUUUGCGCAGGUCUGUGCUAAGAUUGAAACAUCUGACACACCAAGUAAAAGGAACCAAGAAGCUGCAUUGCAAGCUUUCAAGGUUCUGGGUGUUGUUUAUCAGGAGGACAUUAUGGCUUUCCUCAAAAAGAAAAUGGAGCGUGCUGAAGAAGUAGAGAACACUGCAGUUCUUACCAUCCUAAGAGAAAUUAUACAAGAUUCUCCCCAUAUGGACAAAGUAAAAAAUGUCCUGGUACAGUCUGUGGCGCUCCUCAUAACGGAAAACACUGAGCCGGCUCUCCUGAAGGUGAAGAGACCUCUCUUACAGCUAAUUAGAAGCUUGGGAUGCUGCGGGUACCUUACCCUACCAGGAGGCAAAGUGCUUGUGGAUUUCCUCAUCCAACAGUGUGAGCACCUUGUCUGCACCACAAAGUCCAAAGAUGGCUGGAAUGAUGAAAUGAUCCAGAAGUACAGCAUCAGCACCCUACACUUGGUGCCCUGGAAAAUGUUAAUGCAGGUUGUGUGCCCUCUGGAGUAUACCAACACUUUCAUCCCAGUUGGCAAGGCCUUGACAUCUUUGCUUCUAAAGUCAAGAAUUGCAGGCAGAUCUCCUUACCUGGGGGAAUUACACAGAAGGCCGCCUGAGCUCCCAACACCUCAGGCACUCUUGCUACGCCUUUUAGUAAUUUCAUUGUAUCCCUACAAGGGUGGGGAUUCUGGGAUUAUUGCCCUCCAACUGCUUCAUGCCCUCCACCCUAUCAACUCUCUUCACCCUGUGAUGCACUCAGUUUUGGGGCAGCUGUGGACAGAGCACAUUCCUGAGCUCAUCAAAUAUCUGGAAGCACAUACUAAGGAAACUCUGGAAGAGAAGACAUGGAAGGGCAAGCUGCUUAUGCUUUUAGAAAUGUCAGUGGAAUCCAUUAUGGAUGAUGCAUGGUCCCGUGAGCUUGUAGAUGAGAUCCUUGUAAAAAGCAAAAGCUACUCUCAGGGGCCCCAAGAUAAGGGGAUUGCUUCUGCCAUCAGUCUCACAGCUACUCGCCACCUCAAUGACACCUUAGUGGUGCUGCAGGAAUUCAGUAACCAGCUGAUCCCAGAGGAAGGUUCACCCAAUGAGCAGAAUGAAUGGAGGAGGUCAUUCAGCACACUCCAUCUUUGCUAUGACCAAGUGGCCAUGAAAACAAAGGACAGUAUCCUGCCCGUGGUGGACAACAUUCUCUUCCAAAUGUUACACCACUUCCGCCGCUGCACUGCCUCAGCCAUGGAUCUAAGUCUAAAGCUGAGCUUUCUGAGAUCAAUGGCUACAUUCACAAGAACAGUGGGUGACAUUGCCCACACAGUAAAAGAAACCCAUGAGUUCUCACAGAAAGCAGUGAUUGCAGCAUUUAUGAUGAAGCUGAUUGAAGAAGAGUCUGUGCAGUUGCUGUCUACCCCUGUGCGCCAGCAGGCUAUGAUUGUGGUCACUAACCUGAGAAAACUGAAGCCACCACUGAAGCCUGAGAUAAAAAUACUUCUAGUCCGGACAUGCUACAAAAGUGUCUUUUCCCUGCCUCCAAUAGAAAACAUGUUAGGAGAAGUAUGUGAUAGCACCCAGUAUCAACACUCUGAGUCCUUGUACAAGGAAACUAUCAGUGCCUUGAGAGGAAUGCUGGAGGGUCUGGUAUUAGAAUAUCCCAGUGAUGUCCAGAAGAUUUUGGAGUACAUAGAGCCCUGGCUAUCCUCCAGAAAGGAUCAUGAGCGGGAACGGGCAAUGUGGUGCAGCGCCCGGCUCCUGAGGUGUGUCGCCAAGCUUCCUAAUUUUGAUGCAUCAAUUGAAUUCAGCAGAUUAGGCCGUUUGGUUAGACUGCUGGCACUUCGAUGCCAUGACCCAGUGGACAACAUCUGCUUCUUGGCAGCCCGAGCUGUAUACAACUUGUAUUGUAUCCUGCUGGUUAAAAAACAGCUUGACAAGGGACAUACAGCAGAAAAGUUAUAUGCAUACAAAAAUCUUGGUACCUACAGUCCCUCUGUAUUCUAUAACAACACCUCUCAGAUUGCUAAGGCCUUUGCAGAAUAUUUUACCCCUCGUCAGUUAACAAAUCUGGUUCUGACAGCACUUGAUGGUUUGACAGAUCCCAGGGAAAAAAUAUCUCGGGCAGCUGGAGAACUGCUGAGUGCAAUUUUGGAUGAGCGUGGAGCUGAUUUGGAGAAGGUGGAUGACACUUUGACUGGCAUUUACAAGCGCCUCUGUCUCAUUCAGGAGCCCAACACUCGGCAGGAAAUGUUGAGGGCAGUGUGUUUCUUGGCUGGAAACAACACCAAGAAAGUGGUGCCUAUCCUACUGGCCCACUCACUCCCCUGGGACAGCAACACAACUGCACUAUGGAGGGUCCUGGGCACCAGAAGAGAGACCACUCUCUGUGUUCUUCAGCUGCUAAUACAAAUCUUGGAGGAGAAGCCAGUCCAAAAAGAUAACAGCAGUAUCUCUGAUGAUGAGACCUCUCUUCAAGCUGUUGCUGUAACCUGUGCUCUGUGUGAGAUGCUCUCAGUCCCUGGUUGCAGAGAUGCAGUGCAAGAACUCUAUCCCCGCCUCUUAUUGGCAAUGCUUGGUCAUGUCCAGAAAGUCAUAGAGCAGAAUCCACUAGAGAACAUGGUAGUCUACAGGAAGGAGUGUGGCCAAGAGAACAGGCCCAAGGCAUUUGAUCCUACCAGCUGUGCUCUGGAGGCUAUGAAGACCUUGCUCUCAGGUGCUGGUUAUUUUGAGGUGUUGGCCUAUAUGGAGGAACACAGAGGCUGGGACCUACUCUCCAGUCCCUGUGACUACUACUGUGGAAUAAUAGAGAUCACAAGUGCCAUGGUGAAGCAUUCCAGACCCCUUCAGCUGCAUAGAAUUUUUAAAAAACUGAUCCCACUACUCAACAGUGAAAAUGAGCAUGAUAAGGUUAUGUCCAGGGCCUUCUAUGCACAGCUUCUCUGGCACCGUUCUGUGGCCCAGAGUCAAGAACUCGACAUUUUAGCCCCACUGAAAAAAUGGACCCAAGAGACAAAUCCUAUCAUCAAGCUGCUGGGACUCAGAGGAAUUAGUAAUUUAGCUCUCCACCCAGGGAAGGCAACACAUCUCAGAAGCCACCUUCCAGCCCUUCAAGAGUUCCUGAAAGAAAAAGAUGAGAGGAUUGCAGAGCAAGCUUUGAAAGCCCUACGAAAUAUCAUCUACUAUAUGGAAGGGGAAGAGGCCAAAGCUGCAUUUUGCCAAAUUGGGAAGUCACUUUGGCAACCAAUCACUGAUGAGAGGGAAAAGGUGCGCAUCACAGUCAUCAUUGCCCUUGGCAAAAUGCUGAAACAGGUGAACAAAUUUAAGCCUGGGCCUGCUGUCCAUUAUGAAAUUUAUUGUGCCCUGGUGCCACUGAUGCUGGUCAUGCAGGAGAAUAAACCUGAGGUACUCAAGGCUUGUGGAGACACUUUGGCAGAGUGUGCACUGGCCAUGGGAUGGACCCAGCUCAGGAACUUAUUCAGACACUUGACCCUGAGUGACCAUCUUCAGGUCCUGCAAGAGAUGUGCAAGUACCUUGUGAAGAAGUGCAGGAAAAUGGUGGGGGACAUCUUACUCAAGAGCUUGGCAUACCUAAAAAGCCCACAGCACCUUUUACGAGAGGCAGCAGUCAGAUUUAUAGCAUACACAGUAAAGAACAUGAAUUUAAUUCAAGUGGACCACGAUGAUGUGAUGCUAAUGCUCAAUGCUCUUGGUGAUCUCAGGUUUGACCCUGUAGACUCUGUGUGUGCUGCAGCCUUAGAAACUAUAACAAGCAUUGAGGCAGCCUGUUCACCUGAAGCAGAGCCUCCCUACACAUUGAGAAGAAUCUGCUUUCAACCUGUCCAGAGAAAGGAGAAGAUUUUUAAAUGCAAAGAAAUUCAGCAUGCUCCAAAGCAAGCGAGGGGGAAAAUUGCCCCUGAAGAUACUGUAAAAACAGGCCAAGAAGAAAGGAGGAAAAACUGA